UGGUAAUGUAAAAAGCUAUAUAACUACAGAGCCCUGGAUACAAAGAUACAGCUGCCGAAUUUCCCACUGUCAACUCACACGACAACCGUGACCAUGAAGUUUGCUAUCCUGGUCUGCGUUUCUGUUCUCUUUUACCUCUCUGUGGCAGAAGCACAACAGAGCGAGGGCAACAAUGUUCCUGAUUUUGGAUGUACUCGUGAGUAUGUUCCAGUGUGUGGAGAUGAUGGAGUCACAUACUCCAAUGAGUGCAUGCUACACUGGGAGAACAAGCAGCAUAACAAGAACAUCAACCUAAAGCACACAGGAGUGUGUGAGACCUCCUAAACUCACAGCUGUUAGAUCUAUGGCAUCCAAAAUGGCUUUCCAUUUAGAUACUAGAGCAACUACCAGUGAUUUUCUGUCUUAUGUUAAUCAGUAUCAUAUAAUGAUGUAUGCUAUUGGAACUUUUUCAGACAUUGCUUUGUCAACAUGUAAUUUCAUGCAAUAAAACAAUUAAGCAUUUAA